GCCAUAGGUCUGACCCACGCCAGGAAGAAGUUUUCUAGUGUUGAAGUCUAUAAGCCGGAAUUGAACCAAUUCGUUCAUUAGUAUCCCAUAUGUACAGUAAACGAGUGCAAUUAAGAAGUCUUGAAUGAUGGCAUCUAAAAAUGAAGCCCAACAUUUCGUGGAAUGUGAUUUGUGUCCGGAACCAGUCUCAUUUUUCUGCAGACGAUGCGGGGUCAAACUCUGUGACCCAUGUGUCCUAAAGCAUCUUCGCGUAAAAUCUAAAAACGGUCAUGACAUUGUAGAUUUCGUCAGCAAGGAUGAUGACGACACAUGUCACUGUGAUUCCCAUCCCCAAAACGAUUGUUCCGCAUUCUGCAAAACUUGUGAUGUUCCGAUAUGCAUUCUUUGUGUUUCUAUCAAGCAUAAAUCGCACGAAAUAUCCGAGCUGUCCGGUAAAAUUGAAGAACUUUUGAACGUUAUUGCACGAGAAAAUGAUCGACUUCAAUUAUACAAACAAGAAUUAGAACGAAUUCUGGAACAUACGGCAAAACAGUUGUCCUCAAUAUCCUCGUUUUACAAACAGAGGAAAGAUGAAGUUACAGCACGGGGAGAAGAAUGGAUCAAAUUGAUCGAGACGACCAUGAAGAAACUUCACAUGGAACUGGAUGACAUGCAGAAAAAGCACGAGGAUGUAUUACUUAAACAAAAGAUAGAAUUCGAAGAAAAGAUUCGAAAACUUGAUGAAGUAAACGGGAAAGCUUUAAAAUAUCAGAAAUCAAAAAACGUCACAGAUAUGCAGACAUUUAUACCAGCCAUUCAGAAACAGGAAACACUCAUAGAGUUCUCUCAGUAUUCGUUUCCAACAUUCUGUGAAUGUGAAAUUGAUGCAAAUGAUUUGCAAUUUUAUUUUGGAUACGUUGAAAAAUUGCAGGAAAAGAAAAUCUCGCUCAAUGAAAAGAAAUCUAAAGAAAUUGAAUUUUUUGGGAAAAAAAUAUUAAAGAUACCAACGGUUGCUUCUGUUGUAGACACCGAGUUUCCUGCUGCUGAUAGUGAUGAUGAUGAUAAUGAUGAAGGUAAUAAUGAUGAAGAUGAUGAUGAUGAUGAAAAAGGUCGUCUUUAUGACAUGGCCGUAACUGAUGAUAACAGAGUGUGGAUGGGAGGAGAGGGCAGAGAACUGAAGUUGUUUGAUCUUCAGGGAAACCUCCACCACACCGUAGGCAUUACUGACACAGUAAUGUACUUAAGUAUGUACAACAAACAUGUCGUUUACACUGAUCAUAAUGAUGGCGCCGUGAAAAUCGUAUCUGACGCAGACACUGUGGAGACGAUGUUCACUACCGGAGACUGGGAGCCGUACGGCGUCACAAGCACCGCGUCCGGUGAUCUACUGGUCUGUCUCCGUAAAGACGAUCAGUCCAAAGUCGUCCGAUACAGCGGUACCGGCACCGUGCUUCAGGAAAUCCAGUACGACUCGCAAUGUCAACCCCUGUACAAAAACGCUGUAUACAUCUCUGAGAAUGUCAACGGAGACAUCAUUGUUACUGACUGGAAGAAAAACGCAGUCAUUGCCGUCGAUAGAUUAGGCAUAUUCCGAUACUCAUACUCGGGGCAGGACAGUGAUUUUGAUGUGUCUUCAGUCGCCGCUGAUUCUGUCGGUCACGUCAUUGUUACUGACUUAAAUGGUGACAAAAUUCACAUGCUGGACAUGGAUGGACGGUUUCUGAGGUACAUCAUUCCAGAGGAAGGGAUAAGUAGACCAAGCGCCGUGUGUAUCCUUGGUCACGGUGAGAUGAUGGUGGGAGAGUGUAUGUCUGGAAUUGCUAAAAGAAUCAAAUACUUUGAUGAAUGAAAUAUCAAUUUAACAAGUAUUCAGCAAUUUGAAAAAACAUAAAAAAAAUUUAAAUUUUAGAUACUGACUUUAAAAGAACAGCAUAAAUACAAUUAUGCAAUUAAAGUAUAAUUACAUUUGUGAAAAAUGGAGAAAAACAUUUUUUAAAAGAUUCAUUUUCAAUUAUCGACAAAAGUUGUGAAAAUCUGGAAAAAGCAUGAAAUGACGCAAUUAUAUAUCCUUAACUUGAUUUUUCUAGUUAAUUAUUUUUUUUUGAAAAAGGACGACUUGACACAUAAAAUUAACUAACUGCAGGAAUACAUGUAUUUGUUGAUGGCUUGAAAAUGGUUUUUACACGACAACGGAAUUCAUUUAUUAAUAAAUUUGGAUUUCUUUUGCUUUGCAUGGCUGAGCUUUAAGUACUCUACAUCAGGUAUUUUUGGUAUUGCAACAACCGUCGAUGUUAUAAUUAUUUUUAAUGCUUCUAUGAUAUCAUAUAAGGAAAACUGAACACCGGUAUAACACAAUGUACAACUGUCAAAUCAUAAAAUAAGAAUUCAAUGACAAUUUCGUUUAGUCCCAUGGAGACUGAUUAUGGCAAACAUACACCAGCAUGUGAUUUUAAAAUAAAAUGUUAAAUGCUGUUUGCCAACUCACGACACACUCUGAACUCUACAACGGAGAAUACUAUUAAAAUGGUAAACAAUACUUUAUUUCUGCAGAAAUUGACAUUUAAACGUCUAUAAAACGUGAAGUAGCAGUAUGACUACAUACAAGGAGAGAAAAAGAACAGUGCUUUGG